AUUUGUAAUUGAGCUACAAAAUUGUUAGAAAGACAUUUAAAUUUGAAGCUGUCGGUGCGAAAUUUUCAUUUUCAUGUCAGAAGAGAUAUUGGUAACAAUGCCCCAUUCAACAGUGUGUAACCCUACAAUAUUUUCAUUAUUUCUUGAUGGAGCACUUCGCAAAAUGAGUAUGACUGAAAAUAUAAUGUACAUAAUAAUUGUAUUGAUUGCAUCAAUUGCAACAAUUCUAUGUCUUUUGAUAGUUGGUAGAUCAAACACAUUUCAUCCAAAUCUUCAAGGACCUAUAUGGUUUACAGCAUUUGUUUAUUUUGAUUUGACCAUAAGCAAAAUGUUGACAAUCGUAUUCCAAACUACUUAUUUGGUAGAACAAAAUGUCCCCGAGGGUGGUAUGACUAUGAUAUUGUGGACUGCAGCUACUCAUUAUCAUUUUUUAUUUACUGUUAUGGCAGCUCCAAUUGUUAUUGUAGUUGAGAGAAGUCUCGCGACAUAUUUCGUUUUUGAUUAUGAGAAGAAAAAACGUCGAUACAUUCUCGUACUACUUUUAUUAUUCCAAAACUUUUUUGGUGCAACUUUUACUCUUUUGACAGUCAACAAUAUUCUUCGAUAUAUUUCUGCAGCUGUUUUAGCAGGGAUUAUUGCAAUUUCUUCAUUUUUGACGUUUUUAUACAAUUGUAGAAUUAACAAGCGAACUUUGCAUUUUGUUGAAACUCGGAAUAGAGACAUAAAAUUUGAUUUGAGCGUCAGAUAUCAGCUGCGCGAAAACGUCAAAACAUUUAAGAUGUUGAACUUUUUACUGCUAAUGCUCACUGGAAUGAUUGUUCUUUUGGCCAUUCUCAAAACAAUUCCAAUGAUUAUAGGUGUUGAGGAGAAAACAAAAUACAUGUUCAAAAUGAGUACAGAUAUGAUUGUGCACGCAGGUCCAAUUUAUGUUACGAUAACUCUUAUAUGUGCUGUGGAAGAUUAUCGAAUCAUUUUCUACCGAUUUUUGGGAUAUGAAAAGAAAAAAGUGGAUCCGUGCAAAAUUAAUUCAAAACAAACGGAAAGAGAUAUUUAUUUUGAACAGUUUUUGAAAGUUCUGAAAUAAAUAUUUCCAACCUGGUGUUGCUUCUUAAAAUUAAAACCACAAAUUCAACGUUUUUAAUUUUUUAAUAUUGAAAAAAUGCGUGGAGCAUUGUCAUUUGUUGAAUUCUUCAAAUUUCCUGAAGAUACGAUCUUCAUAACUCAUAAUUAUUCCAAACGUAAUAAAAUAAAAUAAAUUCAUCCGG